AUGCCGAGCUACGAACUAGACCUCGAUCUUCCUCGCAUUCUUUGUCUCCAUGGCGGCGGUACCAACGCUAGAAUCUUUCGAUCUCAAUGCCGCGUGCUCUCGACACACCUGAAAGGGAAAUUCAGAUUGGUGUUCGCGGAAGCACCUUUACAAUGCCAUGCUGGCCCCGACGUACUAUCCGUGUACAAAGAAUGGGGCCCAUUCAAGUCAUGGAUUCCAUCGGCACUUGGGUGUCCGGAAGUCGACAAUCAUACUGCCAUUGAGCUGUUCAGAGAGGCGUUAGACCGAGCCAUGGAUGAAGAUGAUGAUCUGGGAGCAACUGGUCCGUGGGUAGGGUUGUUGGGAUUCAGUCAGGGGGCCAAGAUGUGUGCGAGCUUACUGUAUCUUCAACAAUUGCGGCAAAUUCAUAGAUUGAAAUCGAACCGAAGGCUUGACUUUCGAUUUGGUAUUUUGCUUGCUGGUCGCGCACCGCUUGUGGCACUUGACAUGAAUCUCGCCUCAAUAUAUUCUCUAGAUGAUAUGGAAAACCAGGACAAGGACUCUAUAUCAAUGCUUGUUGAUCCCAACGGACAGCUAGUUGUUGGGUCCAAAUCCUGGCUUAGGCGAAGCAACUAUAUCAACCAGUCUGACGUUCGUCUGCGAAUACCAACAACACACGUCCAUGGAGUACGGGAUGCAGGCCUUCCACUGCAUCGAAAACUAUACGAAGAAUGCUGCCAAGUGGAGAGCACGCGACUGAUGGAAUGGGAUGGAGAUCAUCGUGUUCCAAUCAAGACGAAAGACGUUACAGAGUUGGUUCAGCAUAUAACAGCCAUGGCUUUAAAGACGAGGGUUGAUUUUUGA